GCCCGUGAGCCAACCAGAAGUCUCGAUGGAAGCGGCUCCGCCACACCCCUGUGGAUCGUCCCUUAGGAACCCUCGUUGUGCCAUCCUCUUCUCAACAGAUUUCGGAUCCUCUAGUCAGGCAAGAGCCAGCUGACACGGAACAGCCGGGCUCUUCUCUCGCCAUCCGUUUCCUUACUUCGAUCGUGUCUUCUUCGGGCGGCGCACGCUUUCUCGCAUCGUACCGCGUUCCGUGUCAAGCUACCCCCUGCGAGUAUCUCAAUCCCCCCCGUAGAGUCCGACACUUUAUUCUUCGUCGCGAGCAGCCAACGAUCACGCGUAUCGAUCGAUCGAUCAUGGACGAUCAUGGCCAAGAAAUCUUCGUGACUCUUUCGUUUUUUGGAUUGUGUUGACAACGUGUUGUUGUCGUGAGACAUUUUUUGGUUUUCCUUCUUUUUUUUUUUUUUUUUGUGAUAGCAUGUGUGACAGACAGUGAUCUCGCGUUGUACAACUGACCGAAACCGGGCGAACACCCGCACUGAUGAACGGCCUCGAUUUGUCCCGACCCACGGUCGACUACAAGAUGAACGGAAGCAGCGACGAAGGCGAGUCGAUGUCCGGCACGUCGGCCGGAGGAGGCACGGGGGGAAUUGGCGAAAGUCAGGAAAUGGAAGAAAACGGCUCGAUCCGCGGCGGUAGCAACUCCGCCAGUAAUUUAGUGUACAGGGAUCUGAAAGCUCUCCACGUGACCGGUGCCCACGACGUUUCCCAGGAUUAUAAUCCGCAGUCGAGGCCGGCUUAUCAACGCGGUUACUCGCCAGCCAUGGACAAGCAGCUACGAGAAAACUACGAGAAGGAGCACAGGCCGCUCUCGUCCAGGGACGAGGAGAAAUCUUCGUGGGAAUACGGCGAGAAGGCUGACGGAAGGAAAGAGUAUACGAGAUCGCGGGAUGCAGUCUACAGGAGCGAGACCUAUCAGGACGCGGUCAAACAAGAACAAAAGGAGCAGCCUAACCGCGAGUGGGUGUCACCGGUGCCGGAAGUGGAGGUAGGAGGCUCAGCGCCAGGCGGCCCUCAGGUUCGAGCGCGGAAGGACAUUCCACGAGGCGCGCGAUUCGGCCCUUUUCUUGGAAAAUGGGCGAGCGAGCCUUUCAACCCCCGUUACGCGUGGGAGGUGAGUUGUAUUCCUUACGACACGCAUUUUUGUGACUUUCGAUCUUGUUC